GUUUGGUUCUAGUCAUAUAAAAAUGAUCACAGCAAUAUUCACUCUUAUGGAUACCAUAAGGAUUACAAGGUGUUAGCUGCUACAAGUGUUCUGUGAUAUUCUAAGUAGACCCCUCAGUCUUUAGCAUGUACUUCUAGUGCAUUUUCUCUCUGAUGAUAUUCCUAAGUCUCGGGUCUGAAGUCAACGACAACGCUCCAAUUACUGGUCUCUAAAAAACCUCACUGUAAAAAUCAAUGGGAAACGCCAGACCUAGUGAAAGUGAUCACUUGUUUAUUUUCACAAAUGGAAGAUAAAUUGAGGGAGAGUAAUUCAAUACCUGAACAAGACAACAGAUGUCAAUGGCUCUCUAACAGAGAAAGAAAUAUAGUAAUAGAUGUAAAUUAAAAUGCAAUGGAUGUAACAACACAGCUUCAAAUCCUGAUGGAUGAUUAAAUUAAUGGCUUACUUCUCUGCUCGAGGAUCGGUGCACAGCCCUCUCCCUACCCUCUAUAAUGUCACCAACAUUAGCUUCAACAUGACACCAGGUUAUCUGGUGUUUCAACCAGAUCAGGCACCCAGUGAUACUAGCUCUCCACACCAAACAACUCACCGUGCCACAGUCAUUGCCUUUAUGGGAGUUUUUGUGUUUAUAACAUUGACUCUCACAACUGCAAUCAUCCUGUUUUGUAAAAAGAAAAAUUCUGUGUUUUUCCUACAGAAGUCUGACUUGCAUGCUGAUCUGGAUGUAGAACUUGAGGAAAUCCAAACUGAUAUUUCUGAUGAUUUUGGAAGUUUUACUUUGGAGAUUACAGAUGUGAAUCAGAGUGUGUCUGAACAGCAGGACCUGGGUCAGUGUGAGGCGUUGUUGACUAACACAAUGAAACAAUCCAAGAGUUUGCCUACAGAUUUCAAUUCAUGCCAAGAAUACACCAAACUGCAGCAUUUACCUGCCAAGUAUGAGACUUGUGAGGAAUUACAAACAUCUUCCACACCGCUAUCAUGCCAAAUAGACUCCGUUAGAAAACAUCAGCUAGAUGUAACGUCAAACAGUUGUGGUGGUUUGCUAAGUGAACAGACAGACACACCGUCAGCAGAACAGCUGUUUAUUUUUCCAGCAGACAGAAUCAUGACUCAGGAAGACAGUGACUAACUAAAAAUCACCAAUUUUAAACUCGUAUUUAUUAAACUACAUUAAAUUGAGUUUAAACUCGUAUUUAUUAAACUACAUUAAAUUGAUUUACAAGUAAAUUUGUGUACAACA